AUGGCAGAGCUGCUAGCCCUUGCAGCUAACGAAAACAGGGUCAAAGAUAUCAAAUGUGCUCUCUGUCGCAAGAAGACACCUCCUACGAAUCCAGUCCAGAGCUCGAACUGUGAACAUAUCUACUGCAAAGACUGCCUUUUUAUUGCAACCAGCGGCCUGACCAAAAUGGGUCGCCCUCGUGUGCCUCCCCAGUGUCGCAUUCCUGGAUGCUCUCCGAAACUUGGAAUGGGACAAGAAGUGAAAACUCCGGAGUGCAUUGAUAAAGCUGUCAAGGCCAUCAAAGGGUUCAAGGAACCUGGACGAGAUAGUAUUGGGACGAGAUGGACUGGAGGCCCAAAAGACAUGGCCACGUUCUUUCGCGCUGUUUGUGGCCGCGAAGAUAUUGACUACGAUCCUGUCAAGAUGCCUCUGAGCUCCAAGGUGAAAGCCGUUUUGGCAGUAAUGCUGACUUGGAUGCAAGAGGCCCCUGAUGACAAGACCAUCAUUUAUGUGCAGUGGACUAGAACUGCAAAGUCCCUUGGCUGCGUCCUCGAAAGCAUGGGAAUCGAGUUCCUCUACUAUAACAGAAUGGCAAGCAAAAGCCAAAAGGCUAGAGCAUUGGAUGAGUUCGCCAACAACCCUGAAAUCAAGAUUCUGGUAUCGUCAAUGAAGUGCGGUGGGCAGUCUUUAAAUCUCCAGAUGGCCAACCGCGUCAUCAUCACUGACGAAUGGUGGAACAAAGCUGUUGAGGAACAAGCAUUCAAGAGGGUCUACAGAACUGGCCAGUUGAAAGAGACUCAUCUUGUUCGCAUCAUGGCGAAAGAUACCAUCGAUGAGCGUAUCAUCAUGCUGCAGGAUGCAAAGGAAGAGAUCAUCAGAGCUGCACUCCAAGAUGGGGAGUUGCAGCCAAACUUCUCCAACUAUCUUCAGCUUCAAAUGCUCUUCUCCGAAAAGGACAAGCAGACAUUGAUCUCUGAGAUGGAGCAGGAGACUCGUGCCAAACAGGCCAAGCAGUAA